AUGGCUACUCAACGUUAUGUCGCGAUCACUCAACGCAAGCAGGCUGAGCUUAAUGCCGCCAUCCCGAAAGAAUGGCGGUUGUCAUCAGACCUGAUCCCGGAAGGGAUGCUGUCAAUCUCGCAGUCGAUUGCUGAGCCGCGGUACCAACGCGUCGGCGUGAUGGAGAUUCCCCGAGCCUGCGGUAUUCUCACCGCCAGGGAGUUGGAGCUCACUGAGAAGUUCAAUAUACGGGGAUUGGUUGGCGAAAUGUCCGAGGGCCGAGUGAAGGCCGAGGACGUUGUGCGAGCAUUUUGCAAAAGAGCAGCAAUUGCUCAACAGCUCACUCGCUGCUUGACUGAGCCCCUGUUUGACCGUGCCUUGAAGCGUGCCCGCGACUUGGAUGACACCCUGCAACGCACAGGCAAACCAGUCGGUCCCCUUCACGGCCUCCCAAUAUCAGUGAAGGAUACCUUCAAUAUCAAAGGCGUCGAUUCCAGUAUUGGACUAUCUGCACUAGCAUUUAAGCCGGCCCAGGAAAACGCACCUUUAGUCGACUUGCUCGAAUCCCUGGGAGCGGUGAUCAUCGCCAAGACGAACAUUCCACAAACCCUCGCCACGCUUGACAGUGCGAACCACCUCUUCGGGCGCACCCUCAACCCGCUCAACCGCCAAUGGACAGCAGGUGGUAGUACAGGUGGGGAAGGCGCCCUGCUAGCCAUGCGUGGCUCGAUGGUUGGCUUUGGAACCGACAUCGGCGGCAGUAUCCGCGUCCCGGCAAUGUGCCAGGGGCUAUAUGGCUUCAAGCCGAGUACUGGCCGUGUACCAUUUGGCGGUCAACAGAACGGGCAAAUUGAAGGCAAGGGCCGGAUUGGACUUCAAGCUGUCGCGGGCCCGCUGGCGCGCUCUGUCGCGGAUAUCAAUGCCAUCAUGGCAGAAAUCAUGCCUCGCGCGGAGCUUUUCGGCGAAGACGGCAUUCCGGGCCUGUGGUCUGCUCCGACAUCUUCUCGUAAUUUUACUGUUGGUGUUUUGAAAACGGAUGGUCUGGUCACGCCCUUGCCGCCUAUUCUUCGGAUUUUGGAUGAGGUCGCUGAGACGCUCCGCCGGACACCCGGCGUCGAGGUUGUUGAGAUUCCUCUUCCUUCUGCUCUUCCCAAGUGCCAAGGUCUUGCAGGUCGGUUGAUGGGUGUUGACGAUGGAUCUCACAUGCUUGAUCUCAUUGAGGGUAUGGAUGAAGAUCUGAUUCCUUGGUUACAAGGGCGGAUGAAGCGUGGGAAGGCCUUGGAUGUGGUCCAGCUUGCUAAGCUGCAGAGUCAACGUGCAGAGGUUGAGAAGGAAAUGAUGAAGAUGUGGACUCGGUCUUCAGAUUCUCGUACUCGACAUAUCGACGCCAUUAUCUGCCCUGUGGCACCACACCCGGUCCCAGAAAUCGAUCGCUACAAUGCUGUUGGGUACACUUCGACAUUUGUCUUAUUAGACUACCCGGCUGGCGUGGUUCCUGUUCGACCGAUCGUGGAAUCCGACCUUGAAAUCGGUAGGGCGAUGCAAGAUCCUGUGUUGGGAAGCUGGGACAAGGCCAACCGGAAACUGUGGGACGAAAAGACAGUGGAUCGUCGCGUGUAUCUCGGCUCACCUCUCAGUGUACAGGUUGUAACCCCCAAGCAGCAUGAUUACCAGCUGUUCCAGGCCAUGGAACUCGUGGAUCGCGCUGUGCAGGGUGGGACCUCACCCAGUGCCAAGCUGUGA